AUUACUGAUUACUCAAUUAGAUAGCCAGUAGUAAAGCUGCGAAGUUCAUCAAUAUUCUCAUUGCUUCUCUUUAUUAAGAUCAACUACUGGGAUAGAAGUUCUUCAGAUUGAGCUAAGGAAGAACAAUGUCAUCUGUAAUGCCAAGUAUUCUUCUUGCUCUGCUCUUCCUAAUGGUAAUUCUGCAUCAAUCAGAUGGGCAAUUUCAGGAGUGGUGCAUAGCUGAUGAACAGACACCAGAUAUUAAGUUGCAGAAGGCAAUUGAUUGGGCUUGUGGGAAAGGUGGUGCUGAUUGCAGUCAGAUACAACCAAAUCAGCCAUGUUAUCUCCCAAAUACUUUGAAGGACCAUGCCUCUUAUGCCUUUAACAGCUACUAUCAGAAAUUUAAGCACGAAGGGGGGAAUUGUUACUUCAAAGGUGCUGCCAUGAUCACUCAGCUUGAUCCCAAAUAUGACCGAGUCUUACCGAUUCGGCAGAUGGUCACGAGCACCAUUUCAAGAUCGGAGCCAUACAAUCCGAUCAAGAAUUUUCUUGCCAAUCCAGCUCGGCCAUAUCUUUCUACAAAAACUAGGGAUAGGGCAUGUUUUGGUCUAUUCCGGCGGAGAUUUCUACCUGAUCUUAAGAUCGAUCCAGAUCCCGAUUCCAGAUUUUUAAAUUCUGGCCAUGAUUCAUGAGUUUCAUGACUAGUGACUAUACUUUUUUUUGUUUGGUAAAAGAGAGAAACUUCCAUGGAUCAGGCUCUUCUAUAGCACACUACAAGGUAGAGCACAGAUCUAAGGGCUAGGAGCCCUCAGACAUGCAGCCGAAGCAUGGACACAGUCCAAAAUGCUCCCAGCCCUUGAAUCUGUGUACGUCAUAUCACGCAACAGAGGAUCCCGGUCCAACUUCCAUUAGCUACAGAGAAUGGUUCACAGACUUGAACUGUUAGUGAAUCAUUUUGGUAGAAGAGUUAGUCAAGAGGGUAGUUUGCAUGUCUAUCAAGUAAUGACACCAUGAAUCACAUGGUGCUAUGAGUUAGCAAUAGGAUGUGCAUGUGCCUCGGAAGUGCAGCCUCAUGUGUGAUUGGCCAUGUUUCAUGUUUAUUUCUUUAUUACAAAUAAGGGUCUGUGAUCAAACGGUGGAUCCAGUCUUUUAAGACAUAUACUUCCCUUUUUAU